AUGGCCUGUUCAUGGACAUUCCUAUGGCUCCUGUGGAUUGGACUAGUUGCUGUACUCCUCUUCGCCCUUCGAGGUCCACUCAAAAUUACUGAGUCGUUGGAAAGUGGUACUAACUAUAUAUUAAAAGAGAUUUCUACUCUCAGUGUAGUUUCAGCAACAUCGUACUUUAAUAAUCUAACUCCGAAGUUCUACGUUGCACUCACUGGAACUUCGAGCCUCGUUUCGGGAAUCAUCCUGAUUUUUGAAUGGUGGUAUUUUAAGAACAAUGCUGGUGUCGAACCCGGAGAGGAAGAGGGCUCUGACAACGAAGAGAGCCUUGAAAACACAAAGACUGUCCCAGAAUGCAAAGUGUGGCGAAACCCGAUGGCGUUAUUUCGAGCGGCCGAGUAUAAUCGAUUUCGAAAAGAAACAAAAUCCGAGCCGCUGACCUAUUACGAUAUGAAUCUAUCAGCACAAGAUCAUCAAUCAUUGUUCAUGUGUGAUGAAGAUCAAGGAAGAGCUGAAUAUGAAAUCAUGCAAGUGGCCUGGAGAGAAAGAGAAAGUGAAGAAAGAAUUCAAACAGCACGAGCAGCUCUUGGAAUUAAUUCAGAAUGUGCAUCGGCUUUGGUUCUCUUAGCAGAAGAAGACACUGAAACAGUAGCACAAGCUGAAAAUGUUCUGCGUCGUGCUCUCCGUGCAAUUGAAACUACCUUGAGUUCUUAUUCAAAUAAUCAAAUCGCCAGCUAUGGUCAAAAUGGUGAUGCUGUUAGAAAACGUGACCUGACAAUCCAAACAUAUAUUAAAAGGCGACUGGCAAUGUGUGCAAGAAAGCAAGGUAGACUUCGAGAAGCAAUCAAAGGAUUUCGAGAUCUGUCACGGGAUCAAUCUCUCUCCACGUUGUUAUCAGUUCAAGACAAUUUGAUAGAGGCUUGUUUGGAAGUGCAGGCGUAUGCGGAUGUUCAAAAUCUGCUUGUGAGAUAUGAUGGUUAUGGUGCUCCUUGUUCCUACGAACUCCGCGAGCCUAGAUCAGCAGCAAUGAGCUACACCUCUGCUUUACUCAAAGUUCGAGCAGUUGCUGAAAAUUUUCGUUGUGCCACCGACCCUGGUGUACGUCGUGGUCUCUCAUCUGCAGAACAAACAGCCAUUGAAGCUUUGACCCGAGCUAUGGAAUUCAACCCACACGUACCUCCAUACCUUCUCGAAAUUCGUUCAAUGAUUUUGCCACCCGAGCAUUUUCUAAAACGUGGCGACUCUGAAGCCCUCGCCUACGCAUUUUUCCAUAUACAGCACUGGAAACGAAUUGAUGGAGCUCUGCAACUGCUUGCUAUUGUAUGGAAGGAUUUCACCCCUAAAGUCUGCAAAGAUAAGGUUACGUUUUCUUCUCAAUUGGAAUCUGCCGACAGAGAAUUACUCCCAGCUUGGCAUGAACAAUCUGUUUUUCCGAAAUCGGAAGGGACCGUGUUGAUGCUUGUACAAACAUUCAUGUGCCUUGCUACAUGUCUCUUCUUUGUCUUCAAUCAUCAACUCUCUGCGUCUUCAAAUGAUUAUGUCCGCACUAUUUCUACUAUCGGAAUGCAAGUAUACGAAAGUUCGAUGCAUACUUUUUCUCAAUGGGCUCCUGGUAAUAUCAUCCCUUAUCUGGCUUCAAAGCAGGUCAUCCGAUCUGAACGUAACUUUUUAGAUAUGUCAAUAAAUGCAGUAGAUUCAAAGAAACUGGUUGAAGCGCUUCUUGGUGAUCUUCGUCUUCUGUCCCAAGAAGCGAAGAAGAAACAGAAUCAUGUGAAAGAAGCGGCGGAAACAGGAGUUGUUAGAAUCCGAAAUAUUAGCACAGCAUCAGUUGGAGAUACAGUUCUUAUAACAAAUCUCCGGGCAGCAUGUACAGAAUUGUUACAUCCAUUAGUUCUUGCAUGUGAAACACGGCAUACCAGAUUAGUUCAAAUCGCGUUACAAGGAAUUCAGAGGCUUGUGCAACACAGAAUUCUUAGUGGGAAUGGAGCGACAAACGUCACAAAUGAAUUAUGGGCAUUAGUUGAAGCAGAAUGUGAGGAACUACGAGUUUUGCAAACUGUACCACCACUGGUAUCCUCAGAAUUGGUGGUUACCGGAAAUACUUUAGCAAAAUGUAUUGUCAUGUGCUUCCGUCUCCACUUCGCUAAAGAUCCCAUAGUAAUAAAUGCUGCUUCCGCGGCCGUCCGACAAUUAGUCUCUACAGUUUUCGAACGGGUGAUUCAAGAAGACGGCAUAUUCUCCUCGGAGCUCACUGUCGUUAAUCCAUCAGGUGGCCGUCCCAGUCCAAGAGCUGCACCUCCAACAUUGCGGCCUUGUGCAGCAGAUGCUUACAUGCUUUUCAAAGACCUGUGUCUUCUAAUAAAUGGAGAAGCUCCAAUCUGGCUAGUUGGAAUCCAAGAGAUGACGAGAACACUCGGUCUUGAACUUCUCGAAUCCCUUUUAAAAGGAUAUCCAUCUGUUUUUAUCAGGCACACUGAAUUCGGUGAUUUAUUGAAAGAUGACGUUUGCCCGUUGAUUAUUCGGUUGUUCUCUCCAAACGUUAAGGCAAUGCACAUUUCCUCUCAACAUCCAUCAUCCCGAAUGAGCAAUUCAUCUAUCAGCAGUUAUCCUCCAACGGUUUCUCACGAAAGGCAGUCUUUUCCGAUUUCAAUGCGCCUUGUUCGAAUCGUUACUCUCAUCGUCCAGUUCUAUCAAAACAUUCUGCACACAGAAUGCGAAAUUUUCAUAUCGACUUUGCUGAAAUUCGUGGAUGGGGACAGGAAAGGAUGGCAGCGCCCUCUAGCGUUAGAAUCAUUACAUCGAAUUGUGUCCAGCACUGACCUUGUAAAAUGGAUGACUGAAUCCUUCGAUUGUAGACCUAAUUCAACGCAUGUACUGGAGCAAGUUGCUAUCGGAUUGUCCACUGUUGUACAACAGUCACUCGUCUGUACAACGUUUUCAAGUGAUCAAGAAAAUGAACUAGAACGAAGUCAAGAAGACGGAGGUCCUGGAUUUCUCACGAAAGGGUUGUGGGUACCGUAUGUCGAGCAUCUUACCUCCAAAAAGACUAUACUGUUAGAUUCCCUUGAUCGGAUGGAUGCAGUUGCAAUUCCAGAAGGAUAUGUGCUUUCCCGCUGCUGUGUAGCUCUUUGUGAUAUGACACAAGCUGUGUAUGCUGCUAUUGAUAAACUAUGUAUUCCUGAUGAAAACAGCGAAUCUGGAAGCUCAGAAGCCAACUUAGAAAUUGCUAAAGUGGCUUAUGCUAAUACACAACCAAGUAUCCUUGCUGCUAUUGGAAGUCUUCUCGCAACAAGUACUGAUGAAAUUGUUAGUGAUCAACUUCUUUGCUGUCUUUCCACUCUAAUUUCUGCUGGAUGUCGCGUUGAAGCAGAUGCCGAUCUUCACCGAAGCGUCUAUGUUCUGGCCAUCAUGAGUCUCCCUUCACCGUCCUAUUUGAAUCAAUUUGCUGGAAUUCCUCCACCAAGUCCUGUCAGCAAACGAGAAGUUCCUAUUUCUGAGCAAGUUUUUGAUUUGGAAUCAUGGCCUUCUACUGCCCAAGUGACUGCCUCCGGACCACCAUGUCCUUGCCCUGUUGUGUCAACUGACUUAUGGAAUAAACAAGUGCUGCUCACCUCAAAAAAUUUGCAAGCUGCUCGUACAUUCAUUGCUUCAAUCACAACACAUAUCAAAGAGUUGAAUGAUUUAUGGUACUUAUGUAUGGCAACUUGUGAGCAUCUUUCCUGGCUUCUUGCCAUGCGACCAACUCAAGUAGGGCAGUUUGAAAGAGAAACGAGAGACGAUCAUUCUAAUGGACCGACAGUUGUCACAAAUGCAGCAUUAGGAGAUAUUGGAAUGCUAUCUUCUUUGAUGGACAAAGUAGCUCCUGCAAUCGCAGCACUUCCCAAUGAUCAGUUCCUUUUGGUUGUAGAUGCUCUGAUUCGUCUCUCUGAUGAAAGUUUAGCUGUGGCUGCUACUGGAAGGGAAAGUUCGCUGUUCCCACUCGCGGUUCUUUACAGAGUUUGCUCGCUUUCUCUGUCUAGAAUCAAUGUGUUUUGGGGAAAAGUUUCAAAUCAUUUUAUCAAGGUUUGCAACCAUACGUCAGUUUCUAUGCGUGACUGGGCAGCAGUUGCACUGACAUCAUUGGCGAAACAUGCAGUAAAAUCAAAAACUUCGAUGGACCCUAAAAGUCAACAAGAGAUGGUAAUUGCUUCCUUGUUAGCCCUCUGCUCAAUUCCACACAUCCAAGUUCGACGAAGACAGUUGGAUUGUGUCAUGUCACUUAUGCAAACUGAUGGAUCAUUUUUGCUCUCAACGUCUUGGCCAAAUGUGAUACAAAUUAUUUCGGCUAUAAUUGAUAACGAUACAGGGUGUGAAUUGUCACUCGUUCGACAAGGUUAUCUUGGGCUUCGUCUCGUGUCGUCUGACUUCUUACAAUCAAUUCCAUUCGAUUGUAUUUCUGGACUAUGGACGAUAUCUGACUUCGUCUACCGUAAAAUGGAAGCUGUUGGUAGUGACGCUUCGGAAGUUGUUUGGAUGGUUCUAUACACUUGUCUUUCUGAAUCCUGCGUCGAUUCUCGAUUCGCCGUCCGUAAAUCUGCUUGUCAAACUCUUCUUCAAACAGUUACUGCUCACGGACAUGCUCUUCGGGCUCCAGCUUGGCAUAACGUAAUUUGGCAAAUUAUGAUACCUCUUCUCGACAAAGUUAGAUCACAAACGAGAUGUGCAUCGACAGAAAAAUCAAACGGAGAACUCAUUAUGCAUCAUUCAAGAGAUACUGAACAAAAACAAUGGACUGAGACGUGCAUUCAUACUCUUUCUGCUAUUUCAAAAAUCUUCAACUCACAACGGAAGUCACUUCUAGCACUUAAUGACUUCGGUGCGGUUUGGGAAGCUUUUCUUGGAUAUCUCGACUGGGCAGCCUGCUAUGAAAAUGCCGAAUUAUCAUUGUCAGCUAUAAGAAGUUACCAAGAAGUUUUGCUGGGAAAAAUCUCUUCUCAAACAUUGAAUGUGAAUAGUCACGAAAAAAGCAACGGUUCAGAAUCGACAAUAGAUGCCGUCACUCCCGAACUACCACAACCACAAUGGGUGGAAUCAUGGAAAGUAUGGCUUAGAAUUUCUAGAGGAUUGGCCAGACAAGGAUGUGCUGCAGUGGCGAAUUCUGUAAAUGCGGAAACCAAAUCCACUUCUUCAACGCCUCGAAUGAAUUCUUCUACAUCUUCUUUAACGUCACUUGCCCCAGGUGUUUAUGUUCCUGGUCCUUCUCAUCUAACCGCUAUUCUUCACAUCUUUCCACCAUUGUUCGACAAAGUGGCCAAAAGUAUCACCAUUGAUGACUUGAAAUACGAAAGUCUUCCUGCAGUAUUAGAAAGUAUGAUGAAUGUUCCGAUCCCAUCCGAGCAAGCUCCAUUUGUGCUCCCAUCGUCCUCUACUCAUUUGACACCUACACAAGAAGCUCUGUUGGAAGCUGUUAAAAUUGUAUUCGUGGAAUGUACUAUCUCUGGAACAAUUCUACGAGCUGCCAUUCCUGACCAAAUUAGACUGUUGCUCAAGUUUGCAAGUAUGGCAACACAAAGAAUUUCCCCUAAUAAAGUGGCACCUGGUGGACAGAAAAGCUAUAGAGAGUACGCGCUUACUACCAUCGUUCCUUUUUCUGAAUACUCUCUUCGAAUUGCCAUUGAAUUCUUCACAUCGACUUCUCAGUAUCCUGACGUUGCGAAUUCGUUAAUAGCUAUCGACAUUAUAAAGUUUCUUGGUGAACCACUGUACAUGAAGUACACCUGCAUAUCUCCGAGUACUUGGAAACUUGCUGCCAGUUCUUUGAUGUCCGUUUUGAGAACAUCCAUUCCAUAUGCUCGUCAGAACCCUGAAGUUUUUCGUGGCUUAUGGUCAACUAUCUGUGACACAAUGGAACGAUGGCUGUUCACUCCAAAUAAAUCAAAUAGAUUAGCUGCCGAUGAAAGAAAACGAGACGAAUUAAUGGAAUGCCAGGCAAUUGAAAUCAUCAGAAGUGAGAUGCUUGCCUACGCUUCUCGUUUACCUCAAGAAGAUGUUCAACGUCUCAUUUCUCUUCUCCAUCGCGGUUCCAUUUCACAAAUUGACUCCACAGAUGUUCUUGCUUCAGACUCCCAUACUCAACGCAAUGAGCUGGCCAAAGCUUGUUUUGAUGCUCUUCUGAUGUCGACUGAUGGUGCUCAAGCUGAUACGGAAGAAGAAGACACCAGAGGAAUUCUCGGGAACGUCGCAGUAACGAGUCUUCUUCAAAGAUGCACGCAGGUGAUGUCUGACUUCUGUAAAGAUUGGUCAGCUGCUGGAGACCUCCGCCUACCAAGAUCUAGAAUUCUGGAAAUUAUUUCUGCUCUUCAAGCCAUAGAUUCUCUAAUUGCUCGACUAGCAAGAGACCCCCGAAUGACGGAACUAUACUCGCAACUUGUUUCUCUGUUUCCAUCAGUUGUAGAUGUUAUGCCUUGCUGUCACGCUGAUGCUCAACUUGAACAGCAGCUCAUAAAAACGAUAAAAUCCUACCAAACACUUUUCCUUCUUCAGAAUAUCCCACAAUCCACCGUGUAA